AUGUCAUCAAAAAUGACGACUAAUUCAACUUCUUUUAUUACGCCGACUAUAGACAAUUGCGUAUUAGAUUAUACAGAAAUAGAUCAAGGUCUUAAUUUGUGGUCAGAAAUACUUCCAUUGAUUGAAAAACAAAUUGUGACACUAACAACUGUUGCUCAAGAAAUGCAAGAAUGUCCUGGUAAUUUAAUUAAAUCAUUUAUAAUUUUUAUAUCUGUGUUUUUUGUUUUGUUUCCUUUCAAAGAACGUCAAAAAUAUAUUGAUGCACUUAUGAAAAUUGCUGUAAGAGUUAAUGAUGUUGAAGAAAAAUCAACUACAUGUAUUAAGGAAGCUCGAACACAAUUGAAAAAGACAAAACUUAUUGAUAAAAAUAAUGAUACACAAGAAAAAGUUCGUCAUGAAAAAGUUCAUAAUAAUCGAAAUGAUGAAAAUUCUGAUAAAGAUGACGAAAGUGAUAAUGAAAUGGAAAUUGAUGAAUCACAAAUAAAUGAACAAAUUGAAGUUUCAGUAUUAAAUACCGAAAAGUUAGAAAAAUUACAAAAUCAUUUACAUAAAAUUCUAAUUAAACAACCGAAUUCAAAUGAAUCUAAUAUUGAUGGUGACAAUCGUUAUGCUGAUUUUCUUGAAUGUAUUUCCAAAAUGCAAGAUAAUGAUGAUGGUGAUGAUAAUGAUGCAAAUGUUGUUGAUCAAGUUACCUCCAAUAAAUGUCCAUUAACACAAAAACCAUUUGUUGAGCCGGUACAAAACAAAAAAUGUAAACAUAAAUAUGAAAAAAAGACUGUACUUAAAUAUAUUGCUGAUAAAAAUAAAGCAAAACGUCCAGCUAAAUGUCCAUCAGCUGGUUGUGAUAAUAUUCUCAAUGAAAAAGAUCUUAUCAAUGCUUAG